AUGACUUUUCUAUCAAACCGUUCUUCGAAAAGGAAUCAAGAAGAGCUUCCUUCUUACGAUGAUCAUCAACCUAAUGGUGAUGUUGCACCAGCAUAUUCAAAUGAAAAAAAUGGAAAUAAUGAAAAACUUGAUUCAAAGAAGGAUGACGUACCAGUAGUGGAUUUGGAGCCUAUAGUAUUUGAUGGUAAAGUUGUUGAUUGGGAUUUUAUGGUUUACAAUGAAAAUUUUCUGCAUGAUAUCCUAACUUUUGUAUCCCAAGAUGCUAGAGCAAAGUAUAAGGCGUUCAAAGGAUCAGAAGGAAAGAAUUUUGAUCGUGCGCUUGACCUUCAAAGGGAAGGAUUUGCUAUGCCGUUACUAAAAGCAGAGCACCAUUCGCUUGCACGUUUACAUUCGACUAAAUAUAUGACAAUUUACAAGUAUACUCCUCCGCCUGCUGCUGAAAAUAGACUUUUUGAUAAAUCGAUCGACAGAUAUGUAUUCUGUGAAGUCACAAAGGAGAGAUGUGCCAGUUACUAUAAAUAUAAAUUAACGUUUACUCCUGAUCCAAAGAAUCCUAAAAAUGAUUUUAGUCUCUUCAUGAUAGAUCAUCAAAGAUAUCCAAUAUUCGAUAUCUCUACCUAUAAAGGUCGCCGGUUUAGAUUUGUAUAUGGACACACCGGUUUUAGAUGUAAGUGGUCGUAUGAAUUGAAUGCUAUACAUGAUGGUGAACCUUCGCUCACUGAUGAUAUCAGCAUAGAUGGUAAGGUAAACAAGAAUAAUCCAUUGUUAGGCAAUGCAUGGAAAAACAAUUUAGUUCCACUGACCAAGUUUAGAAGCGAUUUUCCUGGAGCUCGAGUGGGUGUUGCUCUCGAAACACUGGAAUACUUCCAUUCAUUACAACUCCAUUUUCCGGUUAGAUUUGCUUUCCAAGAUUUAAUGAAUAAUGGUGCAGACGUAAAUCAUACUGAAUCUAUUAAUUCUAUUAGUACAGAUUCACUCGUUUUCCUUUGCAUGGUUUCCAUAUUCAAGAGGGAAGAAGAUCAUAAAGAAAGAAAAAGAAGAAGCAAUAAUGGCCGUCGUGGGCUGCGUUCCCCGUUCUUGCUAUCACUUAGUGGUUAG